UAUAAACUGCUCCAUGCUUCCCAGUCUCACCCUCUUCCAUUAAAAUUAACCCCCACGAACCAAUUAACGAGCUGCUGAGCUGACACAGAGAGAGAGAGAGAGAGAGAGAGAGACGAUGAUAAGCGCAGAUGAUUUCUACAAGGUGAUGUGCGCAAUGGUGCCGCUGUACUUCGCAAUGCUGGUCGCCUACGCGUCGGUGAAGUGGUGGAAGAUCUUCACGCCGGAGCAGUGCUCAGGCAUCAACCGCUUCGUCGCCGUCUUCGCCGUGCCGGUGCUCUCCUUCCACUUCAUCUCCCAGAACAACCCCUAUCAGAUGGACACCAAGUUCAUCUUCGCCGACACUCUCUCCAAGCUCUUCGUCUUCCUUUCCCUCUCUAUCUGGUCCAUCUUCUUCAACACCCGCGCCGGCGCCGGCGCCGGCCUCGACUGGCUCAUCACCCUCUUCUCCGUCGCCACCCUCCCCAACACCCUCGUCAUGGGAAUCCCUCUGCUCAACGCCAUGUAUGGCCACUUCACCCAGUCCCUCAUGGUCCAGCUCGUCGUCCUUCAAUGCAUCAUCUGGUAUACAUUGUUGCUAUUCCUCUUUGAAUAUAGGGCGGCUACCAUUCUGAUCCAAACCCAGUUCCCCGGCCAUGCGGCCGCCGCCAUUUCCAAAUUCGAGAUCGACGGCGACGUGAUAUCGCUGGACGGCCGAGACCCGCUUUUAACGGAGUCCGAAAUUGACGGCGCCGGCCGUAUCCGCGUCCGCAUCAGACGGUCCGUAUCGUCCGCCCCGGAUUCCGGGCUGUCGUCGUCCAUCGGAAUCACUCCCCGAGCCUCCAACCUCUCCGGCGCCGAGGUCUAUUCCAUCAACACCCCGGCGCAGCCCCACGACUUCCUCCACCCCAAUGCCGACAUCAACUUCGGCGAACUAGCCUUCGGCUACCGCUCAGCCAGUCCCCGGCUGUCCGGGUACGCCUCGUCGGACGCGUACUCGCUUCAGCCGACGCCGCGGGCCUCCAACUUCAAUGAAAUGGACACGAUCACCGCGGGGAGCACCCCAAUGUGGGUGAGGUCACCGGUAGCCGGCGGAAGGGUGUUCCGGCAGGCAUCGCCGGCGGUGAGGAUGGUGUGGGAAUCCCCUGGAAAAUGCCAAGGCGGUGGAGACAGACAUGGAUACAGCUGCAAAGAUGCUGUCGGAGAGAAAGAUCUGAGCUUCAGAGACUGCUCAAAAUUCCCGGAGCAUGACGUAGAAGUAGCAGAUCCAAAGGAGGCAGCAGGAUCCAAACAGGAGAUGCCCAAUGCCGUCGUCAUGCUAAGACUCAUACUGGUCAUGGUCGGAAGAAAACUUUCUCGCAAUCCAAACACCUAUUCCAGCGUCUUAGGCCUUCUCUGGUCUCUCAUCUCAUUCAAAUGGAACGUUGGGGUUCCCAGUUUGGUUAAGUAUUCUAUAAAGAUUAUUUCAGAUGCAGGCCUUGGCAUGGCCAUGUUCAGCUUAGAAAGAGAAAAUUGUAGGAUUAUUCAUGGCCCUUCAGCCGCGGAUAAUUGCUUGUGGCACAAAAAUGGCGUCCAUAGGGAUGGUAAUCCGGUUUCUCGGCGGUCCGGUGCUCAUGUCCGCCGCCUCGUUCGCUGUUGGACUAAGAGGAGAUCGGCUGCACACCGCCAUAGUACAGGCAGCUCUUCCCCAGGGAAUUGUACCAUUUGUCUUUGCUAGGGAAUAUGGGCUGCAUCCAGACAUCUUAAGCACUGGGGUUAUAUUUGGCAUGUUGGUGUCCCUGCCGGUGACCCUCGUCUACUACAUACUGCUAGGCCUGUAAAGAGAAUUAAUUAAUCAAUGUGGAGCCUCAAGUUGUACACAUCCAUUGCGUGCAGCUGAUGAGAUAUAUAUAUAUAUAUGGACUCUGAUGAUUCACGGUGUCAGGCCCUUCAAUUCAACUUGAGGCUUUGGAAAGACCAAAGAUAGCCCCAAAAGUAGGACUUAAAUUCUAUGUAUAGAAUGGUGGUGGCCGAAAGGGAGAUGGGCCGCGAUGAUGGCUAGCCAUCAUUAAGUUAGGAGACUAGCUACUUUCGUUGUUUGUUGUGAGGAAGAAAGUUACUGCACACCAAAUGUUUAUUAUUUUGACUGAUCGAAAGAAGAAAAGGUAGCAUCAUUAGUUCCAUCUCUUGUCUUGCUUUUCUUCCUAGCUAGCUCCUAUGGUGCGCCAUUCUUUCUCUCUGUCGUUUUGGUUUUGGAAACAA